UGCCAAAUUACUGUCAUAUUAUUACAUGUCAACCAUGAUUGACAUGUUCAAAUGUGGAAUCCUACAAGCAAGAAGCUAACCCCACGUUAGCGUACACGUAUCAGCUACAAGCCUAGAAAAUGUUCAAAUCUCAAACACCCCAAUUGAGCUCCUAUUUUAAUUGAAUUCUUCCAGUUUUGGUGGCAUGGACAGAUUCAGCAGAAGAACAGCACUCUUUCUUUUCUGGUUCAUCAUCGUCUCGCUUCAGAUUCCGAAAACAAUCGGGGAAGCGCAACCAGAGGUCGAAAAGAAUGAGGAAGCAGAUCAGCAAACUGCUUUUGGAAGAACAAUGCAAGACACAAUGUCUAUGCUCUAUGAUACAAUCUCUGUCCUGCAAAAGUCUCAUCAAAAUGCAUGGGACAAGGUUAAAACCAUCAUAAACGACAUGCAGUUGCAAUUUUCCCCUCCAAAUUUAGAGGGCGGAGACGAGGCAAAUGCAAAGGGCAGCGAAAGCGAUGAUCAAGGGAUGGGGGGAAAAGUGAAAGAGGCAGCACAGAAGAGUUUUGAAACAAGCAAACAUACGGUGGAGGAAUCGGCUAAAUCCGCAGGCGAAGCUGUGGGAGGGACGGUGCAUAAGACAGCAGAAAAGGUAAAGGAGACGGUGGCUUCUCCGCACGAAGAGACUCCUGCUGCGCAUGCAGAGCUUUGAUAAUCUUUUUUGUUUAAUGCUUAAAUUAGUCAAGGCGUUUUUGGCUUAAACAUUUCUUUCAUGCAUUGUAAACUUGUAUCAAUCUGCAUUGAUUCGGUUUUACGCUUAAGCAAGCAGUGAUCUCAUGGGAAGCUAUUCAAUCCAUUGAUGAAUAAUAACCUUGUUUCACUUUUUUGUUA